GAUUGGGGCUGAACUUGGUAGGAAAAAUCGCGUGUUCGAUACCCCGCAACAAUAAUUGGGAGGGGAUUGAAACCUAUCCACCCAAAACUCGCCACGAAUAUGGAUUAACCAUAAAGGUGAACCGGGUGCUAACAAAAAAAAUGAUUCUAUGUUAGCAUGGCAGACAGGGAAAAUCCCUGAAAAUUAUUAAGUGCAUUGGCACCCAAGGUUAUUUUUAUGUUCACGGGUGAUUCCUCUCAUAUUUUUUCAUGACAUUUAAGGGGAAAAUGUAAGAGGGUGCACUGUGUGUACCUGGGUGCAUCUAAUAUGUUCUUGAAAAUCUCAGUAGACAAGAUGUAUCGUAGAAGUGUUCCUUUUAAAGGUAGAUUGUAUGACGAAUUUUCCAUAAGAAAAUCAGGAGUUACGGGGAAUGUCAAGCUUUCAAAUCCAAGAAUAGGGCCAUGGCUGAAGAAGUGCACUCUCAAAUAGGUGCGUCUUAUGUGUUGUUGUACACUUGUACGGGAUUGGAGUGCAACUCCAUUGCUUUGACUCCGUAACGCUAUCGGAGACCAUGAGAGUCAACACUAAGGAAUAAGAAUGUUCAAACCCAAAUGUUUAAGAAGAUUGUCUUGCAUAAAACAAUUAUUUCUUUGCCCAUAAAUUAAUUUAUUUGGAUUUUUCCAAGUUUCCAAUGAAUUCCUUUGCGGAUUAUUAGAAGAGUCUUUUUGUUUAGCUUGAUAAGUAAAAGAACGAAUUAAGCUAAAUAAUAUUUUUUCUAUUAUGUUUAAAUAAAUGUAAAUAUAGAUAUUUGCGGUAAAAUAUGUAUAUUGGAGACCGUAAAAAAACAAGUACUUAAUAUAAGUAUUUCACAAAGAGAGAAUGCUCAUACAUACAACAAAAAGUUUUGCACGCACAAGUUGUACAAUAAAUUUAUUGUACAACAGAAUAAUUUUUACAUAGUUUUUUGUAACUUUUACCCAGUUAUGUUUUUUUGUAACUGUUAACAUAUUUUGAUUAACUUUUAUGUUAUGAAAAAAAUGAUUGAUAAACAUCUUAGGGGGUGUUUGAUUCGCAAACUGGUAUGAGGUUGGAAUCAAGAAUGAUAUUAAUGUGGUAUGUGUUUGGAACUUGAUUCUUAAUACCAUGUAUUUGGUUCGAUUUGGAAAUGAGUGUUUUUCCUUUUGUUUGAUACCUAGAGUAAAGGUAUGAGUCAUAUCCACCUCCCCCUAGAUUUCUAAACCCCAUACCUUUGGGGUUUGAGGUAUGAGUUUAAAUCUCUUAACAUUUUCAACCAACCACAUGGUAUUGGUUUAGACUAUUCUAAACCUAUACCUCAUACCUAAAAUUCGCGAACCAAACACUCCUUUAAAGAGUGAACUUUAUAAAUUAUUAGUGAUUUUGAUAGAAUAACUUUUGUUAAAAUAAAAAUUUGUAUCAUUAUCUUUUACAUUAAAACUUUGAAUCAUUUUAGGUGAAUUUUUUGUUUGUACACACAACUCAUACAAGUACGUAUUAUGACAUCAAUGUCCUAGAAAGAGUGAUUUGUUAAUAAAGGAGUAAAUAAAUGAAAAAGAGUGUGAGCCAUCAUCAAUCAUGAUGAUGUGUCACUUCAGGUCUCCACCCUCCACCAAACAAAGAAGACCUUGUAUUUUCCCGCGCAUUCCCAACUCCCAAAGAGGCAACAACCAACAACAAACUAAAAUGAGGCAUUUGUAAAUUGUAAUUACUAAUUAGAGUGAGUAGCUCUUUAUGUUCUGGUAAUAGCUAGUGAGUAAGUGAGGUGGUGUCAAAGAUGUCAAGUUCAUCAAAACUAGACAAUGCUCGAUUCAUGCAGCCUCUCCUACCCACUUUCCUCAAAUCCUUUUCAAUCCCAAAGGCAUUUCUGGAGAAGGAAUUGAAGGGUUACAAGCCCAUAGAGAGUGUAGUGCUAACCACAGACUAUCAGCCUCACCGCCAUUGGCUCGUAAAAGUCGAGGGCGGACGCGCUUUUAAGGAAGGUUGGAAUGAAUUCUGUAGCCACUAUGGUUUAAAAGCGGGUGACUUUCUAGUGUUUGCUCAUCAACUUAACUUGAUGUUUCAAGUCUCUGUCUUUGAUCCUCUUACUGCCUGUCAUCGCUCUUUUUCUUCCUCUAACCACAUAAUUGGGUCAAACACAAAAAGGAGAGGGUCCAAGAAGUUAAGGUCUAGUUAUGAAAUUAGUGGCAAAAGAAGAUCAUCAAAAGCCAACCCAUCUGUCAAGGACCAACAAUUGAGCUGUCGGAUCACUCUCAGUUUCUAUGCCUUCACCAGCACAAACGUUUACCUGCCUAAAUGGUUUGUUAGAGAGAGUGGUCUAGAAAACAGAUGCUGUGUCAUAAAGCUCAUAGGCGGAGAAGGUAAAGCCUGGGAAGUAAAGCUGAGAUAUAGGAAGUAUGAUAGCCAGGCCUUUAUUAAGGGGGGUUGGAAGGAAUUCCAGGCUGCAAACAGUCUCAGACCUCGAGAUAUCAUCUGUUUUCAGCUCCUUGAGCGUGGAAGGUGGCCUAUCAUGAAUUGCUACCGUGAAAGCAAAUCCUGAUCUCACAAAUUAAAGGAUAGAAUUUUGGGUAACAUGACUUAUUUUGGCAGUCCAUGUGGAUCUUACUUGUUUUUGUUUCUGAUGAUCCACCCAGCCAGUGCUUUGGCAUGUAAAGAUUUUGGUACUUGUAAGGAAGGUGUAAAAUGCUUGUGUACUGUGUAUGUAUUUGUAUCGUGCAUAACUUGGGUUGCUGUCGAUCUUAGCUGCUUUUGCUGUAUCUGUUAACAAGACAGAAAAAUCUAUCUAUCUCUUAUACA